GUUUGCGAGAAGUGUAGCUGUAGUUGAUGUUUUACCACAGAGUUUCUUUGGUUUUACCCCCAGCGGUCACAAGGGGCAACAAGGAGACCAUUACGCACUUCGAAAACUGACUUCACUAGGCGACGCUGCACUAACUACAUUUCCCAGCAGCAGCAGCGGCGGCGGUGUGACAUAACAUCCAUAACUCAGCACUGUGGAGGAAAACAUGGCGGCUGUGGGACCUCUGGGAAGAAUUGCCAGACUGGGCUCCAGCAUCUGCAGAAACCAUCGUUUUAUCUUUAACAGAAGUCCACAGAGACGAGGAAUAGCUUCGUGUAUCGACCCUGCUCAUGGACUCACAGACGAACAGAAGGAGUUUCAAAAAGUGGCCUUUGACUUUGCCGCUAAUGAAAUGGCUCCACACAUGGCAGAGUGGGACGAAAAGGAAGUGUUUCCCGUAGAGACAAUGCGGAAGGCAGCCCAGUUGGGUUUUGGUGGGAUCUACGUUCAGCCGGAUGUCGGAGGAUCGGGUCUUUCUCGGCUGGACACGUCGGUCAUCUUCGAGGCGUUGUCCACAGGAUGUGUCAGCACCACAGCUUACAUCAGUAUCCACAACAUGUGUGCGUGGAUGAUUGACACCUUUGGCAACAAGGAGCAGAGGGAGAAGUUCUGUCCUGAUCUCUGUUCAAUGGAAAAGUUUGCUUCCUAUUGUCUCACUGAGCCGGGCAGUGGCAGCGAUGCGGCUUCACUUCUGACCACUGCACAGCUGAAAGGUGACCAUUACAUCCUGAACGGUUCAAAGGCCUUCAUCAGCGGAGGAGGAGACACGGAUGUCUAUGUGGUGAUGUGCAGGACAGGAGGUAAAGGACCAAAAGGCAUCUCUUGUUUGGUGGUAGAGAAGGGAACUCCAGGUCUCGGGUUUGGCAAAAAAGAAAAGAAGGUGGGUUGGAACUCCCAGCCAACCAGAGCUGUGAUAUUUGAAGAUUGUGUUGUCCCAGUGACCAACCGGCUUGGCGAGGAAGGACAGGGAUUCAACAUCGCCAUGAAAGGCCUGAAUGGAGGCAGAAUUAACAUUGCGUCCUGUUCUCUUGGGGCGGCACAUGCCUGCGUCCUGCUGGCGAGGGAUCAUUUGUUGGUACGCAAGCAGUUUGGAGAGACGCUGUCCAAUAACCAGUUUCUUCAGUUCAAACUGGCCGAAAUGGCGACCAAGUUGGUCGCAUCUCGCCUUCUGGUGCGCGAAGCAGCGAAGGCGCUGCAGGAGAACCGACCCGAUGCAGUUUCUCUCUGCUCCAUGGCCAAGCUUUUCGCCACGGACGAGUGCUUUAAUAUCUGCAACCAGGCUCUUCAGAUGCAUGGCGGUUACGGUUACCUGAAAGACUACGCAGUGCAGCAGUUUGUCCGAGACAUCAGAGUUCAUCAGAUCCUAGAGGGCACUAACGAGGUGAUGAGGAUGAUCAUUUCCCGAAAUCUGCUGACAGAGUCGUGAUGAAUCGUUUUUCCUUAAUCUUCAAGUGACUUCGGUGGCGACCAUAUUGUUAUGGUCUUCAUCUCCGGUUUGUUACUGUGGGACUCGUUUCCUGAACCGGCCCCUACGUCGUCGGCUUUCUAAAGUUGACAAAGGUCACGGGGUGACUGAGGUCAGUGUGUGAUUAUUGGGUUUGUUUCAUUUUUAUCUAUACUGGGCAAAGCAAUGCUGAUUCAUCAGUCUGUUGUUGAACUCUGGUCUAGAGAGAAAUGUUCACUAAUAGUUGCAGAUUCCCCAAGAAAAUUUUGUAAGUUUAUUGUUAAAAGAGGAUGAAUUCAAACUAUAUUUGCAGUCUAGUUCAUUCUCUGGUAACCGUGUCUGUACAAAAUGUCUUUGCACGCUUUAGUUGUGAUAUUUCAGUCUGGACCAAGACUGACCUACCGACUUCGCCAUCCCGAGAGUCAUGCUGCUAGCAUAGCUAAGGACUACAUUUGAUCUGAUUUUUCAUCCGAAGUUAUUGUUUCCUGUGAAGGUUUCAGUGUGGAUAGACUGUAAAGUUUUAGUGUGUUUUUCCGUCAAAAGCUGCUAGUUACAACACUUUGAGUUUUGUUUUUUUUCCAUUCCUUUUAUAAGGAUUUAACGCCAACCUAAGUGUUAGCAAAAGGGUAUGUUGUUUUACUGUAUGGCACACAUCUAUAUCACAUACAGUCAGCAUCUCUGUCCCGAAGGUGGCCUUUCAGAUUAUAUUUACCCUCAUGGUUACUGUAUUUUUACCCUAUUAUGUGUGCUGUGGGUUGAACUGUCACUUUGCAAAUGACUUUUGCUGAUCACACUCCAAAUAAAAUGAUCUGAGCUUUCAUACAA